CAGCACCUCCGUCUGCCUCCCCUUGUGGUAUAAGAAGACACGAGCCUCACCAGCGUCCGCCAGCUAUACUGACCGAAAUACAAUACCCAUGCCGACCUGCACAGGAUUAUCCCCGCUGCCCCUGCCAGUCUUCUUGACACGAUUUUCUGAACCCCGUUUCGAUACCCCUAGAGGGGCGUGAGCGUGGGGUUUCAAUCCAGGCUGACACUGUGCUGAGUGCACAUCGCACCAGCCAUGAGAACCCGGAUUAAAUAGAUCACCCAAGCCCAAACCAGCCAUUGUGGAGCGGUACAUCUAUGUAUUACAUUUGUACUGUACGGAGUAUCCUCUCCCCAUGAAGGUGACAUCAUAGAGGACGAGUUGGGUUUGUGGAGGUGCUGGACCCUGCUGAUACCCCGAAAUCCAUAAGAAACAGCUCGAUCCCAAGAUCUUCCAUGCUUCAUCAAGAUCGCCAUACCACAACGCCAUGUGCUAUUCACUCACAUCAUCCUAUCUUAUUCCCUGUCCCGCUUCACCGGGUCAGCCGGUACAGGUGAGAGCUCGAUCUCAACGCCGUCGCUGUCAGCAACAACGUCCCUCCCGCAUAGAAGUCGGCUCAUCAUCAAGAUCACCCGUAACAAGAUCAAAACACAAACAGGCACAUCUACAACAUGGCGUCCAAUCAUCUGAAUGCGUUGGCCAUCCGCUCGGCGAUGUCAAUGUCUUCCAAACAUCGGCUAUAGCGUCUACAUUAUCCAACGAGACAGAAUCUUCUCAUAGUACAUGCCACGCCGAUGCACCAUGCCAUCUACAUGACGAUCAAGAAACACUGCAUCGUUCGCAAUACACAAGCACACAACAGGGGACUAUCAGCAAGUGUCAAGAUCUAGGAGUCUCACACAAGAGGAGCAGACGGAAGAGUUACCAGUCAAGACAAUGUCACCAACACCGACAGGACAUGUGGCACUGUCAGGAGAAUGCCCUGCCGGCCAAAAUGUCUUGCACAUCCUGCCAUACUGACACGACGCCACAAUGGCGCGAGGGCCCGUCAGGACCUCAAACGCUGUGCAAUUUCUGUGGCCUAAUAUACGCGAAACGACAACAGAAAUACCACGCCGGAUCGUCAAGUCACUGCUUUAGCUCCGACUAGAGCACGAAUGUCCACAAGAGAUUCGCUGUAAGAAAUGCAGUGGUGUGAUUGCGAGCUCUUGGGGACUGUGUUAUGUAUCUACUUUUACGAUUAUAUGUCUGUUUAAGCAAGGGAGCAAAAGAAAAGGAAAGGAAAGGAGUUCCGGGUCUCUUUAGGCAUAUGAGUUAUCAAAAGGCAACAAUAGCAAUACAUGUAAUACACGAAUAAUUACUAUAGCUUCUCAGUAACAUGCCUCGGAAUUAGGCACAAGAUGAUAAAAA